AUGAAACACGUGAAACUGAAAAAAGGCAAUGCUCAUAUCUUAUCAGAAUUCAAUAUCUUUGUUCAUGACACGGCUCUUGAUUCGAAAAAAGAUUUACUUUUAUCAGUUGGUGAACCAAUGCUAAAGUUGUUUAAUGAAAAUACUGGAAAAGUGUGUGAUACUAAGUAUAAUAUAGAACCACUAGAAACAUUUGGUGUACAUUUUACCAGAGAAAACAAAGUCAUCAUCGGUGCUGUUGCAGCAGAGGACUUAUUCAGUGGAGAUGGAAGACGGUUAGUUAUAGUCAUGGAUGAGGAAGGUAAUCGUAUAAAGCAAUUCGAACAUGACAAUAACAAAAUGCCAUUAUUUACAGCUCCUGUAAGGAUAACAAGUACCAGUAAUAGUAACAUUUGUGUGUUAGAUGUUAUUGACCAAACCGGAAAAAGCAGAGUGAUUGUAUUAGGACAAGAAGGAAACGUUAAACAGAUUUAUACCGGUCACCCUGAUAUUAAUUCUUGGAAGAGACCAUUCAAUUGUUUAGGUGUACUAGCAACACCAGCGGAUAAUAUUAUUGUGACUGACCUUAAUAAUCAUACACUACAUAUCCUAAACAGUGAUGGAGUAAUUAUAACAUACUUUAGGACUGACGAUCUAGGAAUAAAAGGACCGUAUUCUCUUGCUCUGUCUAAACCAGGACAUUUCUAUUUAGGUUGCGCAGGUAAAAAAGGAUCUCAAGAUUCUGUCGAAGCUCAACUUUACCGAUUGAAAUAUUCUGGAUUUUAA